ACGACGACGACGACGACGACGACGACGACGACGACGAGGAUAUUAGCAAGGACGAGAACGAAGAGGAAGAAGACAAAGGCGAAGUUUUCUUUGCUUGCUUGGACACGCCAUCAUGGUCAAAACUUUUCAAGCAUACCUGCCCUCGUGUCACCGCACUUACUCGUGCAUUCACUGCCGUGCUCACCUCGCCAACCACGACGAACUCAUCUCUAAGUCCUUCCAGGGCAGUCAAGGUCGUGCCUAUCUCUUUAAUUCCGUGGUGAACGUGGGCUGUGGUCCUGCAGAGGAGCGAGUUCUGUUAACCGGCCUUCAUGCUGUCGCUGAUAUUUACUGUGAAUGUUGCAAGACCACCCUCGGGUGGAAAUACGAGCAUGCGUUCGAGUCGAGUCAGAAGUAUAAAGAGGGCAAGUUUAUAAUCGAGCUUGCUCACAUGAUCAAGGAGAAUGGAUGGGAAUAGAUCGAGCCGAGAGUAGAAUCCGCAGCGCAAGACUCCGGGGAUACUCCGAUGAAAAAGAAGAGAAGAAGCUGUACACGGGCGCGCGCCCGCGUGCGCGCGAGGCCCAUAAAGACUUUUCCUGAUAUAAGAAAUAAUGCCUACAAUGUUGUUCUAAUUGCAAUGUGCGGCCCCCUCCCCUCUGUCAAACCACCAACGAAAGUCUGUGAUUUCAUUUGUGAUUUAUAAUCUUAGUAACUUUUUAUGUUUCGGACAAUUCGACGUUGUUUUUCGUUCUUUCCGAUCGAUUCAUCAUGGAAGCGAUGACACCGGCGAUCCGCGACGUCGCGGAUCAAUAACAUGUGCAAGUAUUGUAAAGCGAGCGAGCGAGCGCGAGAGAGAGAGAGAGAGAGAGAGAAUGGGUGAAUGAGUGAAAAAGAGAAUAUUUUUCAACAAACGCGAGGAGAAAGAAAUAAGAAAAAUGUCGGGAAACGAGAUGUUGAGAGAAACAAACGACGAUAGGAUAUAAGGACUAAAAAAGGGGGGGCGAGAAAAGAAAAGGAUAAUGACGUUGGUAAGAAGCGAUGGUGAACGUGAUGACGAAGGUGCCAUGGUGGAAAUAAAAAUGCAGAAUCGUUCUGUUCGAACAGCGGGGUGCCCCCCUCUCCUAAUUUUAAUGAAUUAUCCUUCUGGACAUGAUUUCAUUCGCGUGAAUCUCGUCAAACGAUAAAUGUUAAAAAUUAACGCGCGGGGCACCCCGGUUUAAAGAUCGAGAUUUUUCAAUCCGUUAUUGCACCGGAGCAGCGCAAGUGCCACAGACUUUGCUGGACUGACUGCCUGCCUGCCGCGUCUAUCAUUGGAAUUUCACUGCCGAUAUUCCUAAUUAUUAAUUAAGAAAUCGCUGCGCCGCGUCGUAGGCGACGCAGCAUAGUAGUUUCUAGUAUAGCUUACGAGUAUAGCAUACUAAAGCCUAUGUUACAAUAUUAUAGGACCUCAUGGAAAUAGGAGAUAAGAAUUACUGUAAGAGUAACGAAGACGGGUGUGAAACGUGAAGAUAGGUGUGUGUGUGCGUGUAUGCGCGCGUGUGCGUGGGAGGGAGAGAGAUGAGAAACGGGGUGAACGCGUUGCGUGUGCAUGAAAGGAACGAGAGAGAAACGCGGUUUGAUUAACUGUUGCGUGUAUAUGUUUGAUUUUAUGUUCACCAUGCCUGCCAAACUGUCUGUUUAUCUGCCAGUCGCCAUUACUGUUAGUGGAGAAGAAAAGUAUCGUAUAUUCUAACACGUUCACGUUCUCGUCGGCUCUGCGAGGCGUGGUAUGACUAAAUCUUUCUUUUGUUGUUGUUACGAAGAGAAAUCAUCGGGCUGCGCCUUCCUAUACACGCACCACGAGACGAUGUAAUACGGAAGAAAGCAAAACGAAAAAAUGAAACGGAACAAAUUAAUUGCUCAUUACUUUUAAUAUCGAUCUCAUUUGUAAAUAAUAAAUAGAUUUCAGUGACAUCGUGGAUCACUAUUUUUCACAGAGACCGGAGCUACGCGUCCGAUCUCUCUCUCAAAAUCGAAAUCGAAAUCGAAAUCGUACGAUUGAUUUUCAUUGGUAACGUUGAAUGAAACGAAUUUCAUCACGGGAUUUACGCUAAACGAAUUCACGAUUACGUAGCGGCAUUCUAAUAAUAAUAAUAAUAAUAUAACAAUAAUAAUAACAAUAAUAAUAAUAAUAAUAAUUGUUAUUACGAUGACGAAGUAACAGUUAUUAUUAAUAUUAUUGUUGUUGUUUCGUUGUUCUUACUUAUGGUAGGAUUACGCAUUUUGGGGACUGCUUGCGUAAAUGAAACGAUGUAAACUAAUUUCUAGGCGGCUUUUCGUGUUACCUUCGUUCCCUCUCUUAAACUGUUCAGAUCAAAUUGGCGUUUACUUUAUGUAUCGACGUCGACGCAUUUGUGAUACGCUACGUUGAAAUUUUGUUGAGAAUCGAACGAGAAUCAAAGAAUGUUCGGUAUUGUUUUGCGAGUACAUUACGUUGGAACGAAGGUAGCAAAUUGUGCAGGCGUGAGAAAUGUUGAAUUUUUUUAUUCUUAACGAAAGAUGUAUCGAGUAAGAGUAUAAUUGUGACAUAAAUGUACAAAAAAAAAGGAAAAAAGAACAUAACUGAAAAUUA